GUCACAUCAACUGAGUGAUAGACAGGAGAGUGCAGAUCAGUGUGCGUCCUUUAUGUGCGCAUAACAGAUAUUGCUUGUCACUAGGAAAUGUAACGAGAACACUUUAGUUUCUGUUAUGCUUUUGUUUUCUCUACUUUUGUCUUUUAUAACUUUUAGAUAAUUAAAAAAAAAAAAAUGAGCUCCCCUUCGGGGGUACAGCUGGUUCCGCAUGCCAGAAACGUACUUGUGUUUCGAAAUGGGGACGCUUUUCACCAUGGGCGCCGCAUGGUUGUGAAUGAGAAGCAAUUUCAUACCUUUGAAGCUUUUUUAAAUGAGGUGACUACCUGUAUCCAAGCUUCGACGGCUGUACGCAACAUCUACACUCCACGCAAUGGCCAUUGUGUGACGCAGCUCAGUGAUCUACUUAACAGGGGGCAGUAUGUUGCUGCAGGGACUGAAAAGUUCCGAAAACUUGAUUACCUUCACACUGAGGUUAAGCCGCCUGUCUCCACACAAGCUAGGGACAACCAACAGUUCUCUCGCAAGCUGAAAGUCACUGGUCGCUGGAGGGAGGAGUCUCACCUUCCCUGUAUAAUUCAUAUAUUUCGCAAUGGAGAUCUUAUGACUCCACCUAUCCGAGUUCUUAUACCUCCAAGUAUCUUGAAGGAGUGGGAGCUAGUCUUAACUCUGCUUACUGAAAAGGCCAACUUGUACAAUGGAGCCGUAAGAAAGGUCUGUACUUUAGAUGGAGUAUCUAUCUCAAGUGGAGCUGAGCUGGUGUCUGGAGAAUAUUAUGUUGCUGUUGGGACAGAGAAAUAUAAAUGUCUUCCAUAUGAAGAACUUCUAAGUCCACCUGGAGGAAACAAGAAUCGCCCUGGUGUUAGGCGCAGGAAUCCUAAAGUUGUGGAGGGGAAAGUCUAUAGCAUAUCGCAAGAUGGAGUUAGCGACUCUGCUCUUAAUGGCUCUCCAACUCAGGGAGACAGUCGUAGGAUCUAUUCCACAGGUGCAGCACCUGAUGGGGCGAAUUCUGUUUUCUAUGCAAAACCAGUAAGGGUGCAUCCAACACGGAAAAAAAAGGCUCCAGUGGAAGAAAACAGAGAUGGAGUAUUUAAAGUCAAAGAAACACGACAAGAAUUAGAAGGAGCUCAAGAAGUAAAGGAGGAUGCACAUACAAGAGUAGAGGUUCCAGUAGAUCAGAGGGAAGCAGAAGUUGUACCAGAAGAAAAUGUUCUCGUGAAAAAAGGAGUCCAGCCUAAGAAGGGCCAGUGACAUUCACUUUUCUCACCAUACAGAGUUAAAGAAGACAACCCAUUACCUGUAAUGAAUGCAGCCUAUAUUCAGUUCACAAAUAUAUACUUUUUGCAUAAUCUUCCGAAUGAUUACUCUUUUCUUUGAUGAAAUUCUAAACACUUUUAUAGUUUUUUUUAUAAUAUAGCCUGUCAUAUAUUCCCUGUUCUCAUGAUAGCAUGAAGAAUGACAGAUAGAAGUCUCUACAUUUUA